UAUUUUCUAAUUUUUAGUUUGUGUCAGUGUCCCUGUAAAAUUUACUGUCUAAUUUUCUAAUUAAAUGUUUUAAGAUAUUAGGUUUUUUGGAAAAAAAAAAAGAAAGAAAGAAAGAAAGAUAAGUUACUGCCAGAAAUUAGCUUGAUUGGUAUAUGUUGUCAUAGCAAAAGGGAAGAUGCAGGAUUCAAGUGCCAAUUAGCAAAAAUUAUGUGCCCUAAGCCCUUAAGCAGAGGCCACAUAGUGCGCUCCGUGAGUGUGAUUGGUUUUCGUCAAUAAUGCGUUUCUAUCGAGCAUAACUCAUUAAAUUUUACCAAUUUCUAUUGUACCCCUUGUACGAUUACAUGGAAUUAAGUUAUUACAUUAGUAAGAUCUGCAUUCAAACUUUGGAAGCGAAAUAAUUUUGAGUUUGAAGAAGUUAAGAUCUUGAUUCUCUUGCGAUAAUGUAUGAUUUAAUUGUAUCAUUUGCUUAUAAUUUUUCCUGAUAAUUAUUAUCUCAAUGAAUCUUGGGCAAUAUCAUUCAUCAAGUAUGCCCAUGAUGGAAGACGGGGAUCAUACUGGUGUGGACAGUGAGGAGGAACCAUUAGAACAUAUAAUAGAGCAUGAGAAAUCCGCAGCUGGCAUUUUGUGCUUGCUGAAAACUUGCCAUGGCAAUGAGGCUGCUAAUCUUCUGUUGACCAAGGAUGUGUUGGGUAUUGUUGCUACACUUGGGAAAGUGGAUGAUGACAAUCUCAGCAGGCUUCUCUCGGAGUACUUGGGUAUAGAAACUAUGUUGGCAGUUGUCUGCAAGACUUACGAUGGUGUUAAAGCUCUGGAAACAUAUGGAAAUGAUGGUUCUGUAAGUAAAAGUUCUGGCCUUCAUGGGCUUGGAACUUCCAUAGGGAGGCAUUUGGAUGGCCAUUUUCAAGUCAUUUGUCUUGAAAAUAUGAGACCAUUCCAUGUUGCAGAUCGUAUGUGCAGAUCUGGUGCUGUUGAUCUCAUCUGCGUUGAUGCUGUCUCAGCUCUUACUCCACGAGCUGAGAUUGAACAGAUGGGUUUGCAAGCAUGUCUCAUGAGCCAAGCUCUGUGUAAAAUGUCUGGAAAUGCCUCCAAAGCUGGAUGUACUCGUAUUUUUCUGAAUCAAAUAAGACACAAGCAGGUCGAAGCCGAAGUCUCUGGGUUGAAGUCGAAGAGGAGUGUCGUAGUCGAAGACGAGGCUGAUGGUCGAAGUCGAAGACGAGGCUAAGUCUGAUGGUCGAGGUCGAAGUCGAAGACGAGGCUAAUGGUCAGAGUCGCCUCUUUGCUUAGAUGAGAUUAGGGCAAAAGUCGAAGUCGAAGGAGGGUGAUGAUGGUCAAAGUCCUCUUUGCUUCGAUGAGAUUAGGGCAAAAGUCAAAGACUUCACUGAUUAGGGCAAAUGGUCGAAGUCGAAGACUUCACUGAUUAGGUAUAUACAAUUUUUUCUUUUUUCUUUUUAAUUUUUCUUAAUAUUGCUCCGGUACCCCUCAAUUUUUCAGAAAAAUUGAUUUCUGCCCCCGCCGUACCCAAAACGCACCAUCGGCGUACCCAUUCCGUACCCGAGCCGUACCCAUGCCGUACCCGACUGAGGCAGACGUACCCGACCACUUUUUGCCGUAUCCGGUACACGUGCAGCUGUACCGGUACGCGUACCCGCACCCGGUAAAUAUUCGGUGCGUGUACGGCACUAUUUUUGGAGUACCCAUGCUUCAUAGGUUUUCCCCUGUUAAAUCAUAUAUUUUGCAUACACACACACAUAUAUAUAUACACACUAGGGGUAUGGGGCCACCUGAUGGGUGUGCUAUUAAAUUUGUAAAAUAUAAAUUUUAAUUUUGAAUUAGAAAUAUAUAUAGUGUUUGUUGAUCAAGUGAUAAGGGUGUUGUUUUCCAAACUCAAGAUCUUAAGCUUAAAUCUUGUGCACUUCACUUUUCUCUUUUUUUAUAUAAAAAAAUCCACUUGGCAAAAGGAAAGAGUAGGCUUCAAGACACUAAAGUGAGUUGUUCACACAUAUAUAAUAGUAUAGAUAUAUAAUUUAUACAGAAUUAUUUGUAGUGAAGUAAUUUUAUUGAUUUGAAAGGAGUUUGAAUACUGUUCUUAAUUAGAUAAGUGGUCGUUGUUGUCUGUGAAUAGGAAGCUAAAAUAGUCUAUUUGUUUAUCAAAUCAUACUGAGUUUUGCUGGCUGACUGAGUUGCAUUCUUCUUUCCUUCAUCUAAAAUAUCGGCGUACCGCAACCGUACCCGUACCCUCGUAUUUUUCUCGUCAUUUUCCUUGUAAUUUUCCUCCAUUUUCAAGUCAUUUGUCUUGAAAAUUUAAGAAUAAAAUAGUUCACAGUAAUUUUGUAAAUCCAUCCCAACAACCUAUUUAAACUUUAACUAAAUUGCAUGUAGCAUAUAAACACUAACUACUAUAGCGGGUUGCAAAAGGGAGUAUUGAAUGAAUAGUAAUCGAGAUGUAAACAAGUUACAGACAAUAAACAGAGAGUAUGGAGAAGGUCUUUGGGUGAAAAAUAAGGAAAGCACCCCUUAAACUGAAAACAAAUUAACAUACUACUAAAUACACCUUAUCAAGUGUCCCCAAGGCACUCGUUACCAAUAGCCAUACUUUAUUAGUCUCAUGUUAUUGAAAGGGGGUUUGGGGAAAAUGAAUGGACUAAAAUUGGAAAAAGGGGAAAUAUGAUUAAUUAAGCAUUGAGUUAAAAGUUGCUUGAAAUAUGGUGACAAUAAUAGACUCCAUAUGAGUAUGAAAGGGAAUUCUUGCUUAUUUUGGGAAGUCACGUUUUACAUUUGGUUGUCAAGAAAAUUAUUCCCGGUUUGUAAACCCUAGUUACUGUUAUCUUUUUUUACAUAAACUAUAUUUUGGAUGUGUUAAUGUUGUUGUGUUGUCAAUCACUAUUCUCCAUAAUAAGCUUAUAAUGGGGACUUCCUUUCAGUCGGAUUUAUUUGUCUUUAUAUGUUCUUUUUUGGACAAUAUGUCUUUUGGGUCCCUCCACUGUUAUGCAGCAGACAUUGUUUUUUUCUUCUAUUCUUUGAUUAAAUGUUACUUGUCACUCUUUGAUUCUGACUUUUGCCCUGGUAUCACCUCCAAGUUAUCAAUUUGAAACUGGUAGCCUUUGCAAACAGAUUGUUCUAUAUGAAUAUAUUGAUCAAUGAAGGAAAGAAAUUUGCUGCUUUAUUUUGCUACUAUUAUGAAUUAUCAAUUUAUUUUAUUGAUUUAGCAUUUGAAUGGAAGGAUUGAUUUUUGUUCUGAUAAUUGAAGUGUCAAUGGUGGUGAGCUGUUAUUCUUUAAUGAUUUAGCAUUUGAAUGGAAGGACUGAUUUUUGUUAUGAGAAUUGAAGAGUCCAUGGUGGUGAGCUGUUAUUCUGAAGUGACAUCCAUUCUUUUAGUGAUUCCUAUUCAAAUAUCCUUCUCAUCAAACUUCUCUGAAAUAUAAUUAAUAUGAUCUCUAUUUACAUUCAGAAUUUGAGAAAUUCUUCCCAGUUUUAUAUUUACUGUAUGUGGCCGUUUUCGUUAUCUAAAAGGUUUCCAGGGGAAAAAAAUGCUAGUGUGACAAAACAUCACUCUUAGAACCUUUUGGAGUCAGUAAUAAAUGACUGUUGAUAGUCUAAUAAUUGGUAGUGUGACAAACCAUCCACUUUGGUUGACGGUGCUGGUUUGGUUUUAUAACUCUAUACGAUAGUCUUAGCAGAACCUUUGGAGUUUGUAAUUUCAACUUUGAUGUCUCUCUAUUCAUACCCACACAUCUUGAUCGAUUUGUCCAUGGUAUGGAGUCACAUAAAACUACUUAUUCCUUAGAGUUGGUAUGGAGUCACAUAAAACUACUUAUUCCUUAUAGUUCAAAAUUUGGUUAUUAUGUCAUUAACAGAAUGUAUGGAAGUCAAGUGAAGUUUGUGCCCAAAAAAUUGAGUUUAUAAUGCAGGGUUUUGGGGAAUUUUAAACCAUGGAAGCCCUUGCAGUGAUUGGAAUUAGUUCACUUAUUUCUGCAAUACUUGUCUCUCACCUGGUAGACAUCCACGAUACGGCAGUUCUGAGCUUUCUAAAAUUUUAAUUAGCCAUUUAUCCUAAAAAAGGAUGCAACCCCUUUUGAGUACGUGAUGAUAUCUUCGCAUAUCGAUAUUGGACUUACUGUUGAUAUUAAAACAAACUAUAAUAUAUAUGUUUUUUUAUUUGCAUUGUCGAUACUUUUGUUUUGCUUUAGAUACAAAAAUUUAAGUUAUUGAAUAGCAAAAGUUAUUAGUAUUGUUAGAGAAUGUUUUAUAUAUUUUUGUAAAGAAUAUUUGGUUGACAAUUGUACAAGGAUAAAUAUACGCUAAUGAUUUUGUGAA